ACUGUAUAUACAAUGACGUAGUUUAAUCACAUUUAUAAAUGAAGAGCAGCAGUAACUUCCCUUCAUUUUCAAAUUGCUGAAGUCUCGAAAAAGAUGAAGUUUAUGUUGAAUUUAAUAGUUUCGUUUUCGAUGGUUUGUAUUAUGUCACAAGCAAAGGAGCUAUCACCGUUAGUAGUGGAUCACUGGAAGGCGAUGAUGAGACCUUAUCAUGAAGUUUGUUUAAAUGAAACUCAAAUUGAUCCGGAAAUUCCGAAUCGUUUAUUCGGUAAAUCGCAGUUUCCGGACGAGAAACUCUUUCAUUGUUAUUUGGAGUGCAUGCACGAGAAGCUCAAAUUUCUGGUUGAUGGGAAGUUUAGUGUUAACAACAUGGUGGCAGCGGUGUAUAUGUUAAACGCAGAGUUGGCACAAAAAUGUGUUGAUGAUGCUCAUAGCGUGGAGGAAAAGUGUGCGAGAUCGUACGUAUUGGUGCAAUGCGUCGCUAUAGGCGUCGCUGAGGAAUAGUCUUACAUAUUCCCACAUUAUCGUUGCAAUUUACGUGUUAGGUAAAUCACAAGUACAGCAAAUCAUUAAAUCGUUGACAUAUAUAGCCAUUACCAAACAGAGAGCAACUAAGUGUUGACCCCUGCGGUACUUCAUUCUCCAAAACAUGCCCGUUUGAGUACCUGUCACCCACUCUGACCACCCAUUUCCUGUCUUCUAUUAUACAUGGUUGUAAAAAUUUUGGCAGGUUCCCGAAUAAAUUUUAUUUAAACGUG